AUGGCUGUCGCUGCCCCCGCCCCAUUCAAGGACAAGGAGAAGCCGCAGGAGGUGCGCAAGCUGAACAUCCUCGCCGCCCGUGCCGUGCUGGACGCCAUCCGCACCCUGUUGGGCCCCAAGGGGAUGGACAAGAUGAUCAAAACCAAGAACGGCCAGAUCAUCAUCUCUAACGACGGCGCUACCAUCUUAAGGGAAAUGGCGGUGCUCCACCCGGCGGCCCGGAUGCUUGUUGACGUGUCCCACGCUCAGGAUAUCGAGGCCGGUGACGGUACCACCUCAGUGGCGAUUUUGACGGGGCUGUUGCUUGGUGCCGCCGAGAGAUUGCUUAACAAAGGGAUCCACCCGACUUUAAUUGCCGAGCUGUUUCAGCGAGCCGCCCAGCGUGCCUGCGAAGUGAUUUUGGCCAUUGCCACCAAGAUCAGCCUCGAUGACCGCGAGGUGUUAAUGAAAGCGGCGCUGACGUCAUUACUGUCGAAAGUGGUCAACCAGUUCUCGCUGUUCUUAGCGCCGUUGGCGGUCGACUCGGUGCUUAAAGUGCGCCAGGAACUGUCGGUGGACUUAAACGAUAUCCGCUUAGUCAAGCGUAUUGGUGGUACCAUCGACGAUACUCAGAUGAUCGACGGCGUGGUGCUUAAUCAGACGGUGGUUAAAUCCGCUGGUGGCCCUACUCGAGUGGAAAAAGCUCGCAUCGGGCUUGUCCAGUUCCAAUUGAGUCCGCCUAAACCGGAUAUGGAAAAUAACGUCGUCGUCAACGACUACCGCCAAAUGGAUAAAAUCCUCAAGGAAGAAAGAGCCUACUUGCUCAACAUCUGUAAGAAGAUCAAGAAGACUAAGUGCAAUGUGUUGUUAAUCCAAAAGCUGAUCUUGCGUGAUGCCGUCAACGACUUAGCCCUCCACUUUUUGGCUAAACUCAACAUCAUGGUGGUUAAAGAUAUCGAGCGUGACGAAGUGGAAUUCUUAAGCAAAGCCCUCGGGUGUAAGCCUGUGGCCGAUAUCGAUUCGUUCACCGAAGACCGGUUAGGCCACGCCGAUGUGAUUGAAGAACAGGACGUGUUUUCGCUGAAGAUUGUUACUAUCACUGGCAUCCCGCAAAAGAAUACUAAACCUACGGUGCUGAUUGUUGUUAGAGGUAAUAACCAGAUGGUAUUGGACGAAACCGAACGGUCGCUCCACGACGCCCUCUGUGUGGUGCGCUGUCUCGUGAAGCAGCCGGCGCUUAUCGCCGGUGGUGGUGCCCCUGAAAUUGAAGUGGCUCGCAUUCUCACCUCAGAACUGCACAAGUUGCUGGGGGUUGAACAGUUUGUGUGGCAAGAGUUUGCCAACGCGAUGAUGGUGAUCCCCACCACAUUGGCGGAAAACGCCGGUUUAAACCCGAUUGCCGUGGUCACCGAUCUCCGUAAUCGUCACGCCAUGGGUGAGAAGAAUGCUGGUGUUUCAAUUAAACGGCUGGGGGCCUCCAACACCUACGACGAGCACGUGUUGCAGCCGGCGUUGGUGCUGACGCUGGCGGUGACGUUGGCGCUGGAGUGCUGCAAAUCGAUCUUGCGCAUCGACGACAUCGCUUUUAGUCGCUAA